CCUCCAUCACUUCGUCCUCCCCCACCCCCCCGUCCUCCUUUUCCACCGGUAAUAAUGUGACCUUCUGCCAAAAGUGCUGGAAGCCGUGCCGCCGCAGCGUGCCGCUCUGCUGCCGCCACGGAAAUAGACUCAAACAAGUGAGGGAGAGGAAGAGAGGAAGAGGAGAGGGACGAAGAGGAGGGCCAACAAGAGGAAGAGGAGGAGGAAGCAGGACAGCUUGAAGCCGCCGACGCGGGAUGAGAGGCGAGGAGCCGCGGCUGGAGGAGCAUUCCCAACGCAGGCAGUAGGUGACUGAGAUGGGCGUUCGUCCAGGCAGUUUGAGCGACUCCCCUUGGUGGCCGCCGCUGCUCCCGCUGCUGCUGCUGCUGUUGAGCUCCGCCCCCUUCUGUUUGGGCCGUCCCUUUGCCGUCCCCACGCCGUCCGUGAACGUGGCGGUGGUGUUCAGCGGCUCCGCCUACCAGACGGAGAUCAAGGGGCGUCUGAGCCGGGAGAACUUUGUGGACCUGCCCCUGGAGGUGAACCCCAUCACCGUGCUGGUCAACAACACCAACCCGCGGGCGCUGCUCACCCGCAUCUGCGACACGCUCUCCACCAACCGCGUGCAUGGCGUGGUGUUCGAGGACAACGUGGGCUCCGAGGCCGUGGCGCAGAUCCUGGACUUCAUCUCCACGCAGACGGCCGUGCCCAUCGUGGGCAUCAGCGGGGGCUCCGCGGUGGUCCUGCCCUACAAGGGCGAGGGCUCCAACUUCCUCCAGCUGGGCUCCUCCAUCGAGCAGCAGAUCAACGGCAUGUUCAAGGUGAUGGAGGAGUACAACUGGGACAGCUUCGUGGUCAUCACCAGCCGGUACCCGGGCUACGAGGCCUACGUGGACUACGUCAAGUCCUUCACGGACACCAGCUACUUCAUCUGGGAGCUGCAGGACGUGCUGACCUUCGACAUGUCGGCCGACGGCCUGAACGACGUGCGGGCGCGGCGCCUCCUGCAGCAGGUCGACGCCCAGGUGCUGCUGGUGUACUGCUCCCACGAGGAGGCGCAGUACCUGUUCAGCAUGGCGUCCGAGUCGCGGCUGGUGGGGCCGGGCUACAUCUGGAUCGUGCCCAGCCUGGCGGUGGGGAACCCGGACGCGGCGCCGCCCGACAGCUUCCCCGUGGGCCUCAUCAGCAUCAUCACGAACCGCUGGAGGAUGAGCCUGAGGAAGAGGGUGCGCGACGGCGUGGCCAUCGUGGUGAAGGGCGUGCAGAGCUUCCGGAAGCAGAGGGGCUUCGUGCCCGAGGGCCAGAGCGACUGCCACAACCCCGUCCGGCCGGCGGUCGCCAACGACACGCUGUUCAGGCACAUGUUGAAUGUGACCUGGGAGCACAACGACUUCUCCUUCAACAGCAACGGCUACCUGGUGAACCCGACCAUGAUCAUCAUCACGCUGGACCGGGAGAGGCAGUGGGACAAGGUGGGCACCUUCGAGAUGGGCAUCAUGCAGAUGAGAUACCCGGUGUGGCCGCGGUACGGCUCCUACCUGGAGCCGGUGUCGGACUACAGGCACCUGACGGUGGCCACGCUGGAGGAGCGGCCCUUCGUCAUCGUGGAGGCGGUGGACCCGGCGACCGGCACCUGCGUCAGCAACACCGUGUCGUGCCGCCGGCAGUCCAACAAGACCGAGUCCAUUGUGGGUCACACUGAGCCGUACACCAAGCUGUGCUGCAAAGGCUUCUGCAUCGACAUCCUGAAGAAGUUGUCCCGCACCAUCAGGUUCUCCUACGACCUCUACCUGGUCACCAACGGCAAGCACGGCAAGCUGGUCCGCGGCAUCUGGAACGGGAUGAUCGGAGAGGUGUUCUACAAGCGUGCGGACAUGGCCAUCGGCUCGCUGACCAUCAACGAGGAGCGCUCCGAGAUCAUCGACUUCUCGGUGCCGUUCGUGGAGACGGGCAUCAGCGUGAUGGUCGCCAGGAGCAACGGGACCGUCUCGCCAUCCGCCUUCUUAGAGCCCUACAGUCCGGCGGUCUGGGUGAUGAUGUUCGUCAUGUGUCUGACGGUCGUGGCCGUCACCGUCUUCGUGUUCGAGUACUGCAGCCCGGUCGGGUACAACCGCAGCCUGGUCAGCGCCAAAGAGCCCGGUGGCCCCACCUUCACCAUCGGGAAGUCGGUGUGGCUGCUGUGGGGCAUCGUCUUCAACAACUCGGUGCCCAUCGAGAACCCCAAGGGGACCACCAGCAAGAUCAUGGUCCUGGUCUGGGCCUUCUUCGCCGUCAUCUUCCUCGCCUCCUACACGGCCAACCUGGCCGCCUUCAUGAUCCAGGAGCAGUACAUCGACACGGUGUCCGGCCUGAGCGACAAGAAGUUUCAAAAGCCACAGGAGCAGUACCCUCCGUUCCGCUUUGGCACGGUCCCAAACGGCAGCACGGAGCGCAACAUACGGAGCAACUACCCCGAGAUGCACUCCCACAUGGUCAAAUACAACCAGAAGGGAGUGGAGGACGCCCUCAACAGCCUCAAAACAGGGAAACUGGACGCCUUCAUCUACGACGCCGCCGUGCUGAACUACAUGGCUGGCAAAGACGAGGGCUGCAAGCUGGUGACCAUCGGCAGCGGGAAGGUGUUCGCCACGACUGGAUACGGCAUCGCGCUGCAGAAGGACUCGCGGUGGAAGCGCCUCAUCGACCUGGCGCUGCUCCAGUUCCUGGCCGACGGCGACAUCCAGAAGCUGCAGACCGUCUGGCUCACGGGGAUCUGCCGCAACGAGAAGAAGGAGGUGAUGAGCAGCAAGCUGGACAUCGACAACAUGGCGGGCGUCUUCUACAUGCUGCUCGUGGCCAUGGGCCUGAGCCUGCUGGUGUUCGCCUGGGAACACAUGCUCUACUGGAAGCUACGCCACUCGGUCCGCAAAGCACAGCGCCUGAACUUCCUCCUCGCCAUCAGCAGAGGCAUCUACAGCUGCUUCAACGGCGUGGAGCAGAGCGACCGCAACGGCAGCAUGCCGAGUCCGGACGUCACCGCCAACUACACGCAGGCCAACAUGCUCAAGAUGCUGAAGACGGCUAAGGACAUGGUGUCCUCCGCCCGGGUGGAGAACUCCCUGGACAACGCCACCAAGACGAUAGAGAACUGGAGCCGGCGGGGCGUCGACAACGGGCGCGUCGGCCCGCCCCCGCCCCGACUGACGGCCGCGGACGUGACCCACGGCCGCCUGCCCUACAUCUCCAGCAUCACGGACAACCACUCGCCCUACUCUCAGCGCCUCACCCCCACCUUCUCCAUCCACUACGGGGACUGCACCGCCCAGCCCCUCCUGGAGAAGCCCCGCUCGGCGGCGGCCCCGCUGCGCUACACGCUGCCCGCCCGCAGCAGCCAGCACGUCCUGGAGAGGACUCUGCCCAUCUCCAGCCUCAGCAGCCCUCACAUCGCCAUGCGGGACCCCCUUCCCUCCGCCGCCUCCAACCCCCACCACGGCAGCAGGCUGUAUGUGGAGAACCCGGCCGGGCACCCGGCGUCCCCGUUUGUUUCCUACAGGGAGUUCCAGGUGCCCGACAUGUACAUGGAGCACAGAGGGCCGCUGAGGAGGAAGUUCAGCUACCCGCCCGACUGCGUGAGCCGCAGGAGGCGGUCCCACAGCUACGCCUUUGACACCGCGGACCCCAGAGUGAGGGGCGACUACGAGGAGCCUCGAUCCUGCCUCGCCGAGCUGAGGGCCAACCACCUCCUGAACAACCACGCCCCGGUGGCCGCCCCGAGACGCUACCCGGGCAGCGGCGCCGGCUGCAACUCCUGCAUGAAGUCCUACCUGGAGCCCGAGAUGGACGACGUGCCGCUCCUGGGGAAGGACAAGCUCAACCGCCGCGCCUCCUUCCUCAAAGCCACGUGGGGCAACGACCGGAUCCACAACGUGGACGAAACAAAGGCCUCCACGUCCGCGUCCUGCGGCCGCGUAGACAUGCCCGACCUGUUCCCCCGGGGGGUCGUGGCCAACCCGAAGCCCCACAAGCUGUACGGCAGUCUGGGGCACAACCUGUCCUGCUACCCGUUGUCUGCAGAGCCCGCCUACCUGGACCCGGCCCACAUGGGCUCCUACCCCUACAAGCAGAAGCUCAAGUACUCCCAGUCCACCCAGCUACCCUCUUACAGAGAAGCCAUCCUGCAGAACUCCGCCGCCCUGAGCCGCUCCUCCUCCUCCACGGUGGUGCACAGACACUACUCCACCUACCUGAACCCGUACACGGACUUGCCGGUGUACGUGACCCAGAGACCCUCCUCCCAGUUCUACGACGCGGCCAAGGACCAGUGCCACUUGUUCCCCUGCGCGAGCCACUGCCCGGACAACGCGGCCAUGCUGCCUCGCGCGGGGGACCGGCAGGUGGUCUACCACGACCACAUGUUCGGGGCCUACGACGGCACCGGGAGGCGGGACGACCCGGGCUCCGGGAGCAGGGAGCGGCGGCAGGUGUUGGUGGCCCGCAGAGUCAACAGUGCCUAUGUGCCAAAGCCCUGGGGCAGGGUGUCGAGCCUGGAGUCUGAGGUCUGAGCCCAGAUCCUUACUGGACCUCCACUCGGCUCAUAGAACUAAGGGUACGCCUGUGGGAGGUGGAGGCAACAAUCCAGCUCUACACCAAGAGUGAAUUUGAGAGUCGGCUCUCAAUCAUCGGUGCAAUAAUAUCUUGGGAACAUGCGGCGGAGAAGAGACUCUGAGUGGGACUCAAAGAAAAAGGCAAACGUUGAAAAAGUAUUUAAGAUGUAAGAAUUUAACCUGUUGAUUGUUUAUAUAAAGGAUUUUUAAAUGC